AUGGCGGGCCUAUUUUCACAGCUACAUCGUAGGCUAAGCCGGACACAGCUUACCGGUAAUCAGCCUAAUUACACGGCAUACUUUGCAACGCCGGGUUUGAUCCCAAGUAUGGGUGGUGCGAAGAUGAGCAACCCUUUUAAGCCAAAGCUAGUAGACUUCAUUGUCGAGACUAGGGACGAGUGGAAGCUUGCUGGUCUAUCUAUCGCGGUCGUCGAUGGGGACGAUACAUUCACCAAGAGCUUUGGAUACGCGACUCUACCUGAUACCCCUGCGACGCCGGAAACUCUCUGGUACGGAGGGUCCACCACCAAGGCAUUUACAACCGCAGCUCUCGCCCACUCGAUUGAUAGCGGAGCGUAUCCUGCUCUUUCCAAGGGUUGGCGAACUCCAAUCAUAUCAAUCAUUCGAGACGAUUUCGUCACAAGCGAUGAAUGGGCGACAAACAACCUUACAUUGGAAGAUGUCGCAAGUCAUUGCAGUGGUUUAAGCAACAACGACCUCAGUAUCAGACUUGAAGAAAAUGGGAGACCAUGGACAGUCAAAGAUAUUGUCCGAAACAUCCGACACUUCCCUCUCAGGGCAGAGCCUCGUACCGAGUUUGAUUACAACAACGAAGGGUACGCCGUACUCUCCUAUGUCAUUGAGAAGGUUACUGGUAAAAGGCUGAGAGAUGUGUUCAAGGAACUUAUUUGGGAGCCUCUUGGAAUGAACUCGACUUUCUUGGAUUUGCAGCAGGCCAAAGAUGCUCCAGAGCACCUAUCCAGGGGCUAUUACUGGGACGAGCAUAAUAAGCGCCACGAAGCAGUCCCUUUCUUACCCACAGAGAUCGUUAGCGGUGCGGGCGCAAUUAUCUCCAACGUCGUUGACUAUACUAAAUGGAUUAAAUGUCUCCUGCGAAAGGCAUCGCCAUUGUCAGAACAAGUUCACCAAGACAUCCGGAGGCCACGGUUUAUCCAUAACCCAGACCCUGCGAACGGACUGGACGUUUCCCUCUAUGGACUGGCCUGGUGGCGUACAUCGAUUCAAGGCAAUGUUGUUUACUGGCAUUCUGGAUCGACUAACUCACAUGGUGCUCUAGUCUAUUGGCUUCCUGACUUAGAUUACGGGGUCGUGAUCCUCGCCAAUUGUCCUAGCCCAGCUACAGAAAUUAUUAUGAGACGGGUUAUCUAUGACAAACUCGGAACACCAGAGGAGAAACGUCAUGAUGUUGCAGAAGAUUUGCGGAAUGCGCAGCGCAAACAGAAGAGGGAUGUCAGAAACGCCACGGAAAUUCUCUUCCCAAACCGUCCUAGUGGAAAUCAACCUCCCUCGCUGGAUGUAUCAGAGUUUUCCGGAAAAUACCAAGCUCUAGGCUAUGGAACCUGGGAGUUUGUCGAAGUCGUAAGCAAAGGGACUCCGAUGGGGGUAGUUUUAGUUGCCCAUCGGAAAGACUUGCUUUGGAAGACACGUGUGACGCUGCAUCACGUAUCUGGUGACUUCUGGGUUGCAUUUAUAACGAUUCUAGAAGGAGAUGGACUACCCGAAGUAUUUUUGGUGGGGAAUUCAGAAUUGGUGCGGAUGGCAAGCCCUCGGGACUGGAACUGACUUUUACGGAUAGAGAAAAGGUCA